AUGCUACAGGAAUCAAACCAGAAAGAAUACCUUCAAAGUGACAUGAAUGGCCAGAUGCGUCGAACCGUGUUGGAGUUGUGCGGCGAGGCAUUUCGACUAUUUCGAGUGGAAAAGGAUAUAGCCAGCUAUGUGAGAGAAGGAAUGAGGACGCAGUAUCCAGGGAUAUGGCACUGUAUCGUCGGCGAAAAGUUUGGAAGCGCAGUUUCUUACGAAUCCAAUACCUUCAUCAAUUUUUACUUUGAUCGCUACGGAAUACUCUUGUUCAAAGCCGGAUGA